AUGUACGACGAGGGGGUGAGGUUGGGGGGCGGGACGGAGGCGCAGCGGGAGGGGGCGAGACGCUUCAUGGAGGAGUGGAAGAUGUAUAGCUAUCAGAUGGUGAAGGCACAGGUUGAUCUGGUUGGGGACAGCGGCAAUGGCAAUGGCAGCAUCUUGUUCAGAGAGCUCAUGGACUGGGGGCAUGACAGUCCCAUGAGAAACCCUGAAUUGUUGGCGAGAGAUAUGGCCUUGGGCACGAAGCAUGGAGAGGAAGAUGAAGAUGAAGAUGAAGCCGCGUCUGCUGUCCACGUAACCAAAUUUCUGGGUGAAUCGUCAGCCAAUGGAACCAGCGCCCUGAUGUCGUUAAACUCUCAGUCCAACGCCAAUCAAUGUCCGAUACCGCAACCCGCCCAGGCAUCCAUCAGAUAA